AUGGUUCAAAUCACUUCUUCCAUUGUCCUCGCCGCUCUCCUCGCUGCCCCUUCCUUCGCUGCCCCCGUCGCCGAAGACUGGGAUGAGCUUUCUGCGCGCGAUCCCCGCAUCGCUGCCGCUCUGGGCAAGAUCAAGAAAGUGUUCACCGCCGAUCGGGUCGCCGCCGCUGCUGGUGUCGCCGGUGCAGGUGGUGUCAUUGCAGGUGCCGUCAAAUCCAGGGACCUCGACUUUGACGACCUCGAAAUCCGCGACCCCGCCAUCGGUGCCACUCUAGGCAAGAUCAAGAAAGUUCUCUCCUCCAAACGAAUUGCCACUGUCGCAGGCGUUGCCAGUGCAGGAGGUGUCAUUGCAGGUGCCGCGAAGAAGUCCAGCUCGAGCUCCACCCCCAGCUCACAGCCGGCUGCACGAGACCUCGACUUUGACGACCUCGAAAUCCGCGAUCCCGCCAUCGCUGCUACUCUGGGCAAGAUUAAGAAAGUUCUCUCCUCCAAACGAAUUGCCACUGUCGCAGGCGUUGCCAGUGCAGGUGGUGUCAUUGCGGGUGCCGCGAAGAAGUCAAGCUCCAGCUCCAGCUCCAGCUCACAGCCGGCUGCACGAGACCUCGACUUUGACGACCUCGAAAUCCGCGAUCCCCGCAUCGCUGCCGCCCUGGGCAAGAUCAAGAAAGUGUUCACCGCCGAUCGGGUCGCCGCCGCUGCUGGUGUCGCCGGUGCAGGUGGUGUCAUUGCAGGUGCCGUCAAAUCCAGGGACCUCGACUUUGACGACCUCGAAAUCCGCGACCCCGCCAUCGGUGCCACUCUAGGCAAGAUCAAGAAAGUUCUCUCCUCCAAACGAAUUACCACUGCCGCAGGCGUCGCCAGUGCAGGUGGUGUCAUUGCAGGUACCGCGAAGAAGUACAGCUCCAGCUCCAGCUCCGCCCCCAGCUCGCAGCCAGCUGCGCGUGACCUCGAUUUCGACUUCGACCUUGAGGCCCGCGACCCCCGCGUUGCUGCCGCUCUGGCCAAGGUCAGGAAAGUGUUCACCGCCGACCGUGUGGCCGCUGCCGCUGGUGUCGCCGGUGCAGGUGGUGUUAUUGCGGGUGCCGUCAAGUCCAGGAGCGAGGAGCCCUCUGCACGCGACUUAGAGUUGUUGAUUGACCUCCUCUCCCGCGAUUUCCACUUCGACGAGCUCGAUUAA